CUGGAUGACCGGCGCUCUUGAGUGCCCUGGAUGAAAACUAAGGGUUCUUUCUUUUUUGAAGAUGCAGGACGGGGGGAAAUGUGGUAGAAUAAAGGAUUCUCCGAAAAAUAAUUUCUGGUCUCAUUAACAAGGUGUCGCCAGCCAUGGCAGGAAUUAUUAAAAAGCAAAUAUUGAAGCAUUUAUCCAGGUUCACCAAGAACCUUUCCCCCGACAAGAUCAACCUGAGCACGCUGAAGGGGGAGGGGCAGCUGUCGAACCUGGAGCUGGACGAGGAGGUCCUGCAGAACAUGCUGGACCUGCCCACCUGGCUGGCUGUGACCCGCGUCUACUGCAACAAGGCCGCCAUCCGAAUACAAUGGACAAAGCUGAAGACCAGCCCCAUCUGCCUGUUCCUGGACAAGGUGGAGGUGGAGAUGAGGACCUGUGAGGAGCCCCGCCCACCCAACGGCCCCUCCCCCAUCGCCAUCACCGCCGGCCAGAGUGAGUACGGCUUUGCGGAAAAGGUGGUGGAGGGCAUGUCGGUGGUCAUCAACUCCAUCACCAUAAAAGUGCAGGCCAGGGCCUUCCGCGCGUCCUUUGAGCUCUGGCAGCUGCAGGGAAACAGCCUGAACCCCAAGUGGCAGCGCAGCGACCUCCGCUACACCCGAAUCACCGACCCCAAGAGAGGAGAGGUCCUGACCUUCAAGGAGAUAAACUGGCAGAGCCUGCGGAUUGAGGCAGAUGCCAUGGAGAGUGCAGAGCAAGACCUGGGCAGCACCCCCCUGAGGCUCAUCACCAACCAGGGCCGCAUCCGCAUCGCACUGAAACGCAGGGUGAAAGACUGCAACGUGCUGGCGUCUAAACUGCUGUUCAUCCUGGACGACCUGCUGUGGGUGCUGACGGACUCGCAGCUGAAGGCCGUUAUCCACUACGCCAAGUCUCUGAGCGAGGCCAUGGAGAAGUCCGCUCAGCAGAGGAAGAACAUGGCUGCUGAGUCGCUGCAGACCGCGCCCCCUUCCCCCGGGAUACACCCACUCUGGACUGAGCCUCCGCCCCCUCCUACUGGCACCCCUAACACUCUCAGCCAGUACUUUGAGCUCCACGACGUCAAGGAGUCGUCCUACCACACCCACAUCUCCCGCCUGGACCUGCACAUCUGCAACGACAGCUCCUCCCUCAACCCAGACGAACCUCAACCGCGGAACGCCCAAGGGGCCAUGCAGCUGACCUUCCGGAAACUGGGCUUCGACUACUACCCCUUCCACCGCCCCGGUGAUGGGUGCCGUCACUGGGAGCGGCACUGUGGGGCGAUGGACCUGCGGGCUCAGUGGGCCAGCAAGCUGUUGCAGGAGUUCCAGAGGCGAGUGGAGGCCGCCGGCUUUCCUGGGCCUCACUCCGAGGUCCCCUCCUCAGCCAGGAACUCCCCUGCCAAGAGGGCCCAGGAGGGAGAGUUGGCCCCGAAACCUAGCCCCCCCGAAAGAGGGCAGACCUCCCGCCGGGGCUCCAGUGCCCUCCCCCCGACCUCUAGCCCCCAGCGCAGCCCCUGGAAGAGGCUGCACUCCAGCGUGGUGGUGGUACGAUUGGACGACUUGGACAUCCAUCAAGUGUCCACUGGGGGGCGCCACAGCAAGAAGACCCAGUCCCUUCUGUCCUGCAACCGCAAGGCCCUCCACCUGGCAGACAAUGUGCCUGCCAUCCACCUGCAGUUCACCGAGUACUACUUCCCCGACAACACCGGUCUGCCGGUGCCCUGCUCCAACCUGUACGGCCAGCUGAACGGCCUGCAGCUGUGCCUGGAUCUGGCCAGCCUGCUGUGGAUGAACCUGUUCUCCCAGGGCCUGCUGCGCACGCUGGAGCAGGUCAAGGCCUUCUACCACCUGCAGGACAGCGGCAAGGGCGAGGAGCACGUGGACGUGCGCGUGGACGCCACCCAGCUCAGGCUGGUGAUUCCGCUGGAGUCCUCCAUCUUGGACCACCCGGACCGUCCCCAGGCCCUGACGGUCAGCGUGCCCCAGGCCGUCUUCAGCAACUCCCGCCACUCCCCCCACGCGUCCCGGGCCGACCUGCAGGGCACCUACCACUGCUUCUCCUCCUCCUUCUUCCAGACCAGCGGCCCCUGCCCCUUCCCGCAGGACCAGAGCACCUUCCACCCCCUGCCCCCAGCCUUCCUCCGGCACGCUCUGGACUCAGACCCCCCCCUCUCCCAAAAGCGCCCUCCCCGCAGCCAGGACGUCUGGUCCCUCAGCCUGUCCCGCCUGGGGCUCAGCUUUGAGGGGGCCCGCCGAGGCCCCAAGGCCAAGCCCCUGCCCUUUAUGGAGCCCUUCACCAUGUCCGUGUGGAUGUGCCAGCCGGCAGCCUUCCAGCGAGGCCCCCUGGCCUCUCCGCCCCCAGGCCUCACCCCCAACCUUAAGGGUUCCACCAGCUUCAGCAACCACGUGGACUCCUCCCCUGAGAACCGCCAGGGCGGGGUGAACAAGUCGAACACCGCCCACGACCUCCACGGUGUGGAGGGGGAGAAGGAGGCCGAGCGGGAGGGAGAAGACUCUACCUCGGCAUCCGUCCAUAUCCUCGCCCAGGCCAUCACCCCGGUCAAAGUGUGGCUCAACCACUACCAGUAUGUGGCCCUGCUGCGGAUGAAGGACACCCUGGCGCGGCUGGGGGCGGAGCUCGCCCGGGACACACAGUUGGCGGGAGGAAAGCGGGUGGAGCCGCCCACCGUGUGCGUCGCGCUCCUGGUCGACACGGCGGAGGCGGGGCUCCUGCUCCCCCCGGCGGCUGUGGAGCCCGAGGAGGAGGCGCGCUCCCCGGAGGAGACGGACAGCGCCAGCCUGUCGGACUCGGAGCGUUCCCCGUCCAGGGGGCCUGCGGGCGGGGACGAGCCGCUGGAGGACAGCGGCAUCACCAACGGCAACGGCCCCUCCGAGCAGGAGCUGGACGGGCCGGUGGAGGAGGCCCGCGAGGCCAUGGAGGAGGGUCAGGAGGGGGAGGAGGGUCAGGGGGAGGAGUCCCUGCUCCUCUCCCCACCCCUUUCCCCGGUGACCCACCCCCUGAAAUCGCGGGACGCGUCCUCGUUCAGCCUGGAGGGGGAGCUGUCGAGCGCACUGACCGCCACCAAAGACGCCACCAAGGAGGCGCUGACCGCUUCACUGGACCUCACCAAAGGGGCUCUGUCCAUCACCAAGGACGCCUUCAGCAUCCUCAGCCGAGGUUCGGCCAUGAGCAAGAUCUUCACUCCCCAGCCCAGGGAGCAGCCCCAGGACCCCUCCCCCGGUACCCUGCGGCUGCAGGCCAUGAAGCAGUCUCCGUCCCAGCACUCCUUCGACAGCGCCAUCAUGGACGGCAGCCUGCCAGAUGACAGGCUGUCCAUGGACAGCGACGCCAGCGACAACUUCAUCAUCCUCGACGCCGAGUCAGGCCUGGAGUCCAUGCGCCCGGAGAGUGGCCCCUCCCUGCCCGCCGACCCGUCCAGCUGCGGCAGCCCCGCCCCGGGCACGGAGGGCGGGUCCUCGGCCGACCUCAGCAGCUCCCUGUCCCAGAGCAUGGAGGACGUCGCCCAGGACACGGCCUCAGUGUUGCUGCUGCAGCUCAGCGCAGUGGGCUGUGUUAUUGACAUGAGGGGGGAGGACCUUGUGGUGGCGCUAGAGGCCCAGGACCUGAUGCCCAAACAGCUGGGCAACCAGAGAGUGUCUGAGCUGCUGGGGGGCGCGACCCUGGUUGGAUCCCCCCCACACCGGCCCCUGGCCCCGGCCCCAGCCGCAGCCCCGUGGAAGGGCCCCAGAGAGGCUCCGGCGAUGGGCGUGCGGAUGGAGAUGGGCCCCUCGGCCGGCCGCCACUCGGCCCUGUCGGAGACCAUGGGCUUCCUGGAGCUGCGGGUGUGUGGGUGCCGGGCGCAGCUGCUGGCCUCCACCCUGGCCGGGCUGGGGCCCUUCCUGGAGGAUGAGCUCAGCGCUGACGUGCAGCCCAUGAGGCUCCACCUGGACCGCACCUACAUCACGCUCAAGGACGACGGGCCCAAGAUCUACCCCACCGCCCCGCAGCCUGUCCCCGUGGUCUUCGCCCUGGACCAGGUGGUCCUGGAGCGUGCUGAUGACGGGGUCUUCUGGCUCAGAGCGAACCAAAGUGUGAUGCCAAAGCCCUCUGAUACAUCAGGGGAGGUGGACACUGCGAGCGGAACUGAGGCAUGCUGGGAGAAAUCCAACUGUGUCGACUCCGUCUCCCGGCUGGACAACGGGGCCCAGUCCCUGGAAUGCCAGCUCUCUGACGCUCAGGCGGCUCUCGCUCUGGCUGCCUCGGAGAGGGAGCGCCUCCUGCUGGAGAUCCGCAAGUACGACCCGCUGUUUACCCUCUGACCUCCUGCCCAGCGGAGGGAGGCGUCCGGCAGGGUAAAACGGUGAGCCCGGGAGCAGGCAGAGCUCCUGAGAGCAGGUACGGGAGUGUGGGGGGAAAGCACAAGGCCCAGCGCUUCUCAAACCCCGUUUCCCCUGCUUCAGCCAGCUAGAGGAGCACGCUACGGGACCCACACCAGUUUGAGAAGCUAAAAUGGCGCACAAUAGCGGUGCUAUUCCCCGUGAAGCCUCGGGCAGGUGACCAGCUGGGGCCCCCAGCCUCCACGAUCUGCUUCUCCGUUUCCCAAUCCAGCGUCCCACCAAUCAAUGAAGGGUCAGCGUCACACCUAAAUCAAUUGCCUACUCUACCUGAAUGGUUUUCUACUUAACUCCAAGGUGAAUUGCAUUCAUACAAGAAGUUGUGUCGAGUGAAUCAACCACAGUUGAGUAAGGCAAGCUCUCCUAGUUCCCUGGGAAAGUGGAAUUUGACCCACCUCACUGAUACUAUCAAGAUCAUUUGCAAUUUGGCUCAGAGAGUAAUAUUGCAUGUGAUCCAUUGAAAAGUGCACCUUCCUCAGUUUCUGAUGUUCAGUGAACUUCUCCUCUCAACCCAAGGACAGUGGAGAACCUUCCUGUCUGUGGCAUGUGGUAUCCCUGCUGGAUCUGUCAGCAAUGAACCAUCACUAUUCUGAAUUCUGCACACACACACAUAAACCUGCAUACUCGCACACGCAAUCUAGUCAAAUGCGUGGGAAACACUCACGUCUAAACAAGCGCGGUCUAAUAAGAGACAGACUCGUCCAACUACUAAUUUAGCGGCAGAACAAACAAGGUCCUCUUAGUUUGGAAUAACUUUUGCCAAAAAACCAGUUGCCUGUUUCACUGCCAGAGAGCUCUCGGUACUUCUGUUUGUCUUCUUUAAAUCCAUUGUCCUCAUACAGGAAUAAUUCACCUUCAGGCACGUUGUGAAGGCCACUAGUAUUCAGAGAAUUUAGGUGUGUGAGUUUACAAGAGCCCACAGGGCUUCAAAAAAGUAGACAUUAGAAAUACGAGCAAUGUACAGUAUGAACUGUUUAUAGUUGUACAUAACUUAUGUCUGUAUAUAUAUAUAUAUGUGUGUGUGUGUGUGCACUCUUAUUGGCUGCUGUCUAGAUAACAAUAUGUAAUGGAGCCAUUUCUUUAGGGAAGGAGAAGGUGAAGAUCAGCACUUUUGACGAAGCACAGGUAUAUAUGGUUAGAGAUUGGCUCCACCUAGUGUGGACACCAGGAACAACAAUUCACCCAGUGCAGAAUAGUAUUAAUGUAUUUUCUUUGUGUUGGACAGCUUGCUGUACUGUUGUGUUUGUGGGCUCAAAACACUUCCUCCUUUGGGCUUUAGGCCUGCAGAUCAAAUGUAUUUGCAUCAAAGGUACAUUUGAAAUUAUAUUCUUAUCUGUUAUUUUGGAUAGUGCAGACAAAUGAGCAAAAUAAGCUAAUGUUGUAACCAAGGGAAAUGUUCAGAUGAAUUUCAGUUAAAAACUCGUAUUGUCCCUUUCGCUGAAUGGAAUGGGAAGGUGCCCUUAAAGGUAAUGGAUGUAAAUACGCCGUGACGUAGACCUUGGUUAAAAUGUUACUUCGAUAAGUAGUGUAUCAGUGUUAUUCUCAUCUCAAGGCAAGGCAGGACAGCUGGGAAUCAGCAGUUUGUUGCCAUGACAUCCCAGUCAACCAAGUCAGUCCUGUAGUCUUCAAAAUGGAAGUCCUGUCCUACAUUGGACAAGGUUGGCAUGCGUCCUCGUCCUCCAAUUUCUCUCUGAAACAAGGCAGGAUGAAAUGCUAUACUGUACAUGUGACCAGUCAACAGUUGCACCUGUUGAUGUAUAUGAACUGUAGCUGACCUGUGUGAAGCUCCCAACACACCAAUACCAGCUGCUUUUGGUGCCUAACAAAGGAUAUUGUAGGGGAAAACACUAAUGUUGUGUGCCUGACUCGAGUGCCAAAGCCUCAAGAUUCUGACUUUAAAGAGUCUUUAACGGAAGACUCACUAGGUGUUAUUCAUUUUAAAUGUUAUUUUCGUGUGGUUUUGAAUGGACCGUUCAAUUGCAACUCCCACCAUCCUUACUUUGAUGUUAAGUUAGAAGAUUUUGAGAGCCACACUCUCACAUGCACUCACACAUGCAUACAUAUGCACAAGGUAAACUGUUAGCUAGUGCUUUAAUCCAAAUGAGAAAUAAUUAUGUACUUAUGCCCUGUGUCCUGUUACUGGUAAUCACUUAUUCAAGAAGGAUACCUCUCAUACUGGAGAUAGCAUAUCAGUUCAGGGGAUGUCAGUAAUGUACUCUUUUUAAAUUAUAUCUAACUACAUUAAACUGGAAAUGAAUGAUCAGGUACUAUACUGAAGGCAGUGCUGCUGGGAUUAUAUUGUUACGUACCGGAACACAUUACAGGUAAUGGUUUUAUCUGUUACUGUCAUCAUUGAGCUGUCUAACAAGUCACUGGAAGGCUGCUACUGAUAUGUCGGAAACAUUGUUCUACAACUCUAACCUCCACUUUUCAGAAUUCCCAUAAUUUCUAAUAUUCAUGUAACAGGCUAUGGACUGCAUGUUCUAAAAGUGUUGUUAUUUUGUUCUUGGUUCAUCAUGGAGACUCCUGGCAUUUGUUCUGUACAUUAGUGAAAAGGUGUUAGUUGUUGGAACAUGAUAGAUCUUCUAAAGAUAGAUUUUUAAUUUACUAAUUUUGCUAUGGACACAAAAUUUAUUUGUCUAAUUUCAAGCAUAGGUCUACUCACUGGAUACUGGAGACCUCUUGUGGCCAGAAGAGGUCUCUGCAGCAAGUCUCAGACAGGUUGUCCUUGGCUGACUUCAUUGAAAUCUAUGUCACCGAUUCAUCACAAUAAUGUGUCAUUGCUGACACCUGGCUGAAACAUUGUCUUCCAAAAAACUAAAGUGUACUGCAUAAUGGACCUGGAAUGGGGUGCUUGGAAGACGAGUGUUUUCUCCAAGUACUAAUACAAAAAUAGCUUUAGAAAUGCAGAAUGUGAAACUACUUCAGCUGUGCUUUACAAGUGUACUGUACCUGAACUUGUGCAAAUGUUUGUUUGAAUUAUUUUGUUAUGUCUGUGGGAUUAGUGAUUGAUGCAUUACAGUGCAGUGAGUAGUAUGAGGUUUGGUAUUACUGGCCAUAAAUGAAUUGAUUUGAUGAACAGGGUGAGGGGCUAGGUGUGAGAGAUUUGAGAUGGUCAGUUCGGUACUCGUGUGCCCCACUGCUCAUUUCUCUUCCUUUCAAGACUUCAUUCACUACUUUCUAAAAGACAAUUUCCUGAAUUCAGUGCAUCUGGGAUACUACAUUAUUGGUCAUUCUGGUUAUAAUACUUUAAAAUGAAAAAAAAAAAGAAAGAAUGAUUGACGGCUGUGCAUAGGCCCCACCAUAUUCUACUGCAGGGACAAGGACUUGGAAGGCCAUAUCUCUGUCUGGGAUUCACACAAACUUCUGCUUUUAACUAUUUAAUUAGCCCUGCCAUUUAGUCCAAUCUCUCGAUUACCUUAAUGAAUGACCGCUGAAGAAUCAUCUCAUUUUGCUCUGACAUCAAAUAUAAGUGAACUGGUGUGGGUGUGUAACGCUAAUCCGCUAACUGAGCCAGAGUAAUUGGUAUGAACAAAACAUCUGCAUACACCCCAGCCGGUGGAACUGGAACAGAACUGCAUUCCCUCUGUUCUACUUCCUAACUACCGCGGUUUCUGGUGCAGUUCAUAAAAUUGGCUAACUAAGGAAAGAACAACCACUGUGACAGUGUUGUCCUUGGUCACACAACUUCACAACUUCACAGCAGAUUAGACUGCUUUGGCUUCAGUGGUAGGGAGACGGAACAUUCAGUGUUAAAUAUACAGGGCUGAGUACCUGGUGGGUCUACAGAAUCUUUAGCUCCAUUACCCCACACAGCACAUUGGGCUGUGGUCAUUGGUCAACCCUGGAGGGACGGAUGCUUGUGAUUGUUCAUCUGCGCACAGACUUUUAAGCCUGUUCUGGCUGUAGCCUUGGAGCUUGUGCAAGGUGACGGGAUAGUGGGCUCGUUCCAGUCGCUUCUUUUUACCACCUCUUCCUUUCUUUGCAUCGUUUCCUUGCUCCUAACUCCACCCAUUGGGGGAGGCAAGGAAAGGAACAAGAAAAGGAUGUGAUGACGGGGGAAUUGAGAAAACGUGAACUAGGAAGAAUGUCCUUGUUCCUUCAAAAUGUCCGUUUAAAUCCACGUCAGUUACAGUUGUGGCAGAUGCCUGGCAGAUUGGGACAGGUAAAUCCACAGGUCAAUCGUUUAUACAUCACGCAUUCAGAAAAAUAAUACUUCCGCAAAGGAUGCACUAUUGCUUCCUUGCUCAAGAAAUCUUAGGGAGCCUCCUAGCUCCUGGCUCCUUGAAGGAACAUUUAACAUAUUAGAAUGUCAUUAAAAAUGUCGGACAUCAAUGGAUUUCUGGGUCAGGCCAGGUACAAGGAGACCAGGAAGGAUAAAACGAGUGAUGGGAAUGAACCCAAUGUUAAAGGAACAGUGGGAGCCAGUUGAAGAGCAGUGGUGGGUGGGGCUAAGGCUCCAAUUACUCCCUGUCAAGUGGGACUUUUGCAGCACCUCUAAGCACAGGUUACCAUGACAGCACCCCCUGCUCUCACACAGGGCAGGCCACUGAAGCCUGCCUGUGUCUUUGCACCAAGCCCAUUUACCCUCUCUGUUACAUCAAGCAUUUGAAUAACCGGGCAACAUUAUUUACUUGUCUAUUUCUCAAAUAAAAAAUAAAAGAAAUGGUGCGCAUAAACAGUCCAGUUAUGUAACCAUGUAAGUAUGCUAAUGGAUAUUAGACUGAAGGGAAGGAAUAUUUGUGCAAAAUCAAACCUUUUUAUGGAGACAUAUGCAUUCUAAUGUUCAUGAAGAGAGGAAGACUAACCCGGGGGUUCUAAUUUAAAAAUACAAUGAAGCGGAAUAAAGUAGUGUACAUUUUCAGGUCUUUAUGCUUUUUUAACAACUGUGUAUUCCCUAGUUUUUCAAUGAAGUAAAUUCACUAAAGACCUCCAUGCCUUUAUUUUUGUGAAAAACUCAGUAACGUGAAAGAAGACUGUCUUUACUAAACUGGCACAGAGAUCAAUUCUGUAAGAAAUUGUGUCUACCUUUGGAUGUCACAAGUGGGCUACAUUAAUGUAUGGUACUGCAUAUUAACCUCAGACUACUGGCUUGAAGGAAUAUAUUUAAGAUGGGACCCCAGUUGUUCUCCUGUUGUUUGAGCGAUGCAAGCUCUUGUGGAGCCUUUGUGGCACUAUUUGAUCAUGCGUAAGUUUUGGAAUUGCUACUUUAACCUUUUCUUUGUAAUGUCUUCACGUCAUUCGCUAUGAACUACAACUGGGUUCUGUGAACCGGCACAGUUUGUGUGAAAGUAUUACAGAUCUGAUUGAAUAAAAAUGUUGAUAACA